AUGUUGUAUUGGGGUGAGGAUGAGAACGCGACAAAAUGCAAGCAGUGUGGGACUUCACGAUGGAAGCAGAAGACGCGAAAGGGUUCCGUUAUGAAACUAAAAAUACUUGUCAGAAAAAAUGGAAAGCCUCUCCCAGAGAAGACUCUUCGUUACUUUCCUCUUAUACCACGACUGCAACGGUUAUUCAUGUGUAGCAAAACUUCAUCUGACAUGUUAUGGCAUAAAGAGGCAGACAAUAACGAUGAAUACUUGAGGCAUCCAAGGGACGCUGAAGCAUGGAAAGACUUUGAUGCAAAGUAUCCUGACUUUUCCAACGAUGCUCGCAGUGUUCGCUUAGCCUUAGCAAGUGACAGUUUUAAUCCUUUCAGAAAUAUGAGUACCACGUAUUCCAUUUGGCCUAUGAUUCUUAUUCCGUACAAUCUUCCUCCUUGGCUAUGCAUGAAACAGACAUCUUUUAUACUAUCUAUGAUUAUUCCCGGUCUUAAAAUGCCGGGUAACAACAUUGAUGUUUAUUUGGAGCCCCUGGUGGAUGAGUUGAAGCAACUCUGGGAUGGCGUUGAAACUUAUGAUGCUAAUAAGGGGACCACUUUCAAGAUGCGUGCGGCGCUAAUGUGGCCUGUUAGCGAUUUUCCAGGGUUGGAAAAUUUAUCUGGGUGGAACACGUACAGUGGGUUAGCUUGUCCCACGUGUAACGUGGACGCUAAGGCUCAGCGACUAACAUUUAGUCGAAAAUGGUGUUACACGGGCCAUCGCCGCUUCUUGAACCAGGGCCAUAAAUAUAGAGUAGAUCGAACUAGAUUUGACGAACAAGUUGAAAGCAGAGAUCCACCGAUGAAGUAUUCUGGAAUAAAUGUCUUAAGGCAACAGUCUAACUUGCAACUAUCGUUUGGGAAGAACCCAACUCUGACAGCCAAAAGAAGACGCAUUGGUGAAGAUGAAGAUCAAAAUGACUCGCGUCAAAUCAUGGGCAUUAGGCCUGAAUUGUGGCCGAACGAAGGUGGUAAAUAUCCUUCAGCAAUCUUCACAAUGUCGAAUCCACAGAAGGAUGUAUUCCUGAAGACUCUACAGAACGUGGUCUUUCCAGAUGGUUACUCGAGCAAUAUUGCUCGUUGUGUUGACAUCCGGCAGCGCAAGUUGUAUGGGUUGAAGAGUCACGACUGCCACAUUCUAAUGGAACAAUUACUUCCAAUUUUGGUGAAGAAUGCAUUGCCAAGUCCGGUAUCGAAUGUGAUUGCUUCUCUGUCCUCAUUUUUUCGAGAACUCUGUGGAAAAGCUGUAAAUCCUAUGCAGCUUGCUGCCCUUCAGGAUCAUGUUGUGCAAACUCUGUGUCAGAUAGAAAUGAUAUUUCCUCCAUCCUUUUUCACUGUCAUGGUUCACCUUACGAUGCACCUGGUUGAUGAACUAAAACUUGGUGGCCCGGUACUUGGGAUGAUUGAAGCAAUAUCUUCAGGGGCUGUAUCACAUUUUGUACUGACCCCAAUGGAAAGAGAUCAGGCACAUCGUCAUGUGCUAGUCAAUUGCGAGGCCGUCGCUCCAUUUAUUGAGUCAGAAACCAAGCGAAAAUUACGGGAUCAAACAAGGUCGCACUCUAGGAUAGACCGUGUUGUGCAUGUAGAAUUUCCUCACCGGUUCAAGCGUGAGGUUCCAAUGGACAGUACCGUACAUUCCAAAGAAAUGAAGUUGCUGGCAUGUGGUCCCAUGCUUCAGGCAAGACGGUUUGGGGCAUACAACAUCAAUGGGUACAAGUUUAGAACUAUCACAAAGAAAGACGGGCUAAAAACACAAAAUAGUAGAGUUUAUGUCUCAUCCAAUACAACAAGUUAUGCCAGCAUGCGUGACAACAGAGUGGCUGUUGGUAGUGUUCCAUAUUAUGAAAAAAUUGUGGACAUCGUCGAAUUGAACUACAGCUGCCAUUUCACAGUGGUUUUGUUCAAAUGUAUUUGGGCUGAUACAACUACGAGCAGAAGAAUUAAAGAAGACCAUCUGGGCCUUACCAGCGUUAAUUUUGCUCGUCCAAUUCACACCGGUGAUCGAGAAGAGGAUGAACCGUACAUAUUGGCAUCAGAAGCUCGGCUCGUGUACUAUGUACGCGAUGAAGUAGAGCAAGAAUGGAGUGUAGUGGUUCAUGUAAACCAUGAGACUUGUAUGACAUGGGAGGAGAGAAUGAGGAUGUUGAAGCUACUUUUUCUCCUCAGUCCGGGUUGA